CCCCCUUUCCUCUUCUCUAACCCUCCCCCACUACCUCUCUCUCUCUCUCUCUCUCUCUCUCUAGAUUUUGUCCUCCUUUCAUGGCCGUUGAUUUUGUCAAGUUCUCCCUGAUGGACGAUCGGAGGGCGAUCGAGGAGGCCGCAUCGGCCGGCUUAAAGAGCAUGGAGCACCUCAUCCACAUCCUCUCUGCCCCCGCCGUCCAACACCAACACCACAUUAGUCGCCCGGCGAGCAGCGGCGGCCAAGUCGACUGCUCUCAGCUCACCGACUUCACCGUCUCCAAGUUCAAACAGGUCAUUUCCCUGCUGAACCGGACCGGCCACGCCCGGUUCCGCCGCGCCCCAGUCCAGAUCGUCUCCCGGGUCGAGCCCGUUGCCCUUGCCCGUCCCGUCAUAGACCUGAACCUCGAGGCGGAGCCCAAGCCGGAGACGGAGAGUUUCUCCCGGGUCGAGAAGGAAUGCUUCAGCCUCUCGCAGCCGGUAUCCUCCUCGGCGACCUCGUCGUCAUUCCUGUCGACGAUCACGGGAGACGGGAGCGUGUCGAACGGGAAGGUGGGGGCUGCCCUGGCCGCAGCUGCCGCGCCUGCCUUCUCCGCCGGGAAGCCUCCGCUGUCUUCCGGCCAUCGGAAGAAGUGCCACGAGCACGCGCUCUCUGUCGGAGGCGGCAGGAUCUCCUCCUCUACCUCCGCCGGGCGGUGCCACUGCUCCAAGAGAAGAAAACAUCGGGUGAAGAGGACGAUAAGGGUGCCGGCGAUAAGCUCGAAGAACGCCGACAUACCGCCGGACGAAUUCUCUUGGAGGAAGUACGGCCAGAAGCCGAUCAAGGGCUCUCCGUUCCCUAGGGGCUACUACAAGUGCAGUAGCGUGAGGGGCUGUCCGGCGAGGAAGCACGUGGAGCGGGCCCAGGACGACCCGACGAUGUUGAUCGUCACCUACGAGGGCGAGCACCGCCACACCGGCAACCCUUCCAACUCCUUCGCCCAGGUGCCCGAGGCGCCGCCGCCCGCCGCGGCCACCACCGGCGUCACCCUCCUGUUUCAGCCCUCCUGAAGUCGGGGGGAGAAAUCCAAGACCCGCACUACGUGGGUCCCCGCGGCAACUCCAAUCAACGGCGGGAGAGCGGCCGUCAGCAAACGUCCAGUCACCGCCCCGUCCUCGUCCAACUCUCCCCGUGACCGACGCACCUGGGAAAACCCAGGACCGUGCGGUGUCAGUCGUCGACGUCAAGAGUGGGGAAAAAGAACUCGAUUAAAAAGACGAAUAUGCCCUUCUGGCCCCCGAAAGGGGCAGUCGCUUUUUUUCCCAUGUAAAUCUGCAGGAACUCGGAGGGUACUAAUGUAAUUUGACCGUGAAAGAGAAUCCAAUGCUUGUCCAACAAAGAUGAUUAGCUUUUGCUUUUUUUGCUCUCCA